UAUUUCAGAAAAAUUUACACUGCAUAUUUAUUUUUAAAUAAAUUAGCAAACACUGCAAAACUUUGUCUAUGUUGGUAUAUUAAUAAGGAAAAUAAGCUUCCGUAUGAACCAUGAUAAACCAUCGAAGAAGUAAAGAUAUCGCAGAACAAUUGACUCUCUGCUUCAAAAUUGAAAAACUCUUGAUAACCAAAUUUUUUUCUGAGAGUAAAAUUUGCAAAAUUGACAAGUAUAAAAAUCAAUCAAAAUGCCUGCUGAACAACCAAUUGAUAUGUUAAAUAAUACUCUGAAAGAGAUCGUAUUUAGAACAAAUAAUCUUCAGAAAUUCAAACAAUUGUCACAGCAGACUUAUUUUAAUUAUAGAGAAGUUGAAGCUCUGGCAAUCAUCCAUCGCAAAUGCGUCGAAACGUUAGGUACCAUGAACAGAUUGAAGUUUCGAGACCUCUUUCAUUCUGGUUUCGAUUUCACUGAAAAUAUUCGUCAUUUAUUGAUCGACAGAGUAUUUUCAGUAUUCGAUAGACACAAUGCUUUGACGAUACACAUUGAUCAAUGGGUCGAAGGACUGUCCACUGUACUUCGUGGAAAUUUGAACGAAAAAAUACGUUUUGCUUAUCAAACGUACGAUUACAUGAGGACCCAGAAAUUGAAGAAAGAGCACAUAUUUCCAACAAUGCGUGGAUGUUUAAUAAAACUUCAAAACGAUGAAAAUCCCGACGAAGCAGUUAAGGAUUUGAUAGACAUGUUGAUAAGAAAGAUGGACGUAGAUCGCGACGGUGCCAUUUCCAAAGAGGACUUUAAAACAGCAGUGAAAGAACGAAACGAACUUCUCCUGGAAUGCAUGGGUCCUGUUUUCCCUACUAAAGAAGCUUGCCACGUAUUUUUGUCCACGUUCACCGAUGACGUAGGAAGAUACUGAUAAUCCAAACUGUUCGUUUAAUUCGAGUAACGCUCCACGAACACCUCGCCAAGAGGUAGACUCUUGUCGAAAAGCCAGAAGCACUCUUGGUAGCAAAUAGAAGAGGAAAACGUGCCAAAUCAGUCAGAAGAGAUCCUGCCUGGGUACGAGAACGCUCCACUAAAUUUUCGAGCUUACCGAUGAACCUGAGGUGCAUUCCUUACGAUUCAUCGAACGAGAAAGAUUGACUUGCUCUUCCUUACAAACAAUCGCUAAUGGACCGCGAUAAUACCAUCUCCUAAUCGCAUCAGAUGCAAUCGGUGAUGUAAUCGUGGAAGGGGCCGAUCGAAUUGCUCAAUUCAACUCUCUGAGCGCAAUUUGUGUUUACUCGAGCAAUGCUCUUUAUUUUAUUCCUGUUUGAGUUUGGAGAAAUUUGGUGUACAUUUUGUAAUUUGUGUUUUAUCGAAAUCUUGUCAAUUAC